AUGUCGUGGAUAUAUGGUGUUUGUAUUUUGUGUGUGUGCGCUCUAGUAAGGACUCAACUUAUACCGGGCAAGUCUAGAGCCGCUGAUGGUGAUUAUAACAACGUUAAUACCGAUGGAUCUUUUGAUUUUGGCUACGCAAACAAAGACCGAGGAGGAAGUUACCACUUAGCGCAUGGGAACGCAAAUGGUGUGGUCGGUGGUCGCUUUGGCGCGAGGGAACCCGGCAAGGAUGAGGUGAAGGAGACUAUAUACACUGCUGGACCUAGAGGGUUCCGUGCGAAAGGUCCAAAUGUUCAUCGAAAGAUUGAUCUGGAUCAACGACCUCGAGGUAACAUUGGUAAUAAGGACGACCCGUACUUCGAUCCCAGUGAAGACCCCAGUUAUUCUUUUAAACAAGAUACAAGAACUUAUUCGAAAAACGAAAAUGCUGACAGUAGGGGUGAUGUAAAAGGACAUUACUCAUUUGUGGAUGAUAUCGGCGAGCGACACGACGUGUCCUAUAUUGCUGGCAGAGAUACUGGGUUCCAUGUGUCAUCAGCUCACCCAGAUGCUCCUAACGGUAUAGGAUCACCGUUCCACCACGCACCAUUAGUUAGGGGAGAGAGCAAACCUAGGGGAAGGACUGCAGUUCAAAGGGGGCUCGAUGGUUCUUACAGAUUUAUUUCCGCGGGCCCUGACCAACGUAGAACAGAAAGCAGCGAUUCACACGGUAACGUCAGAGGGUCGUACACGUUUUUAGAUGAUAAAGGUGUACAAAGGACGGUUCACUAUAUAGCUGGUCCCGGUAUAGGAUAUCGUAUCGUGAAGAACAGCAACGAUCCUUUCAUUCCGUCGUACUUCCCGACUCUGCCCAGUCCCUAUGAUCCAGCAUUUAAUGCGGGAGGUAGUAUCGGAUCUCCUGCUUAUACACCCAAUGACGAAAGCAGUGAUGAUGUUUUCAAAGGUCCAGACGGUACAGCUGCUUCAGGACAUAUAAAACCACCUCCUUUCCCCACCGACGUUGAUAGACCUACUAAGCCUAUUACACCUGUAGUCAGCGACUCUGCAGAAGAACCGGCUGGAGAGCCAGGAUAUGGACCAGGACCGACUUUUGUCCAAGAACCUCCAAGCGAAAUCCCUGACGUGGGUUACGUAGACGAGGAAGAAACCUUUGCAGGGCCCAAACCGACCAAAGGACAAGGCAAACCGUGGCGUCCGAGCAAACCUUAUAGGCCGACGAAGAAACCUUACGUACCACUAAAACCUACCCAAGAAACGAUUAUAACCAACGAUUACGAUGACGACGGCGAUAAGAGUAAACCCGAAUAUGCCGUAGGAUUUAACAUACACCAUUCGAAACCUGACACCACUAUUAUUAGGAAUAUUGGAGAGGACUACUUCGGUAUCCCUCCAGGCGUAUCAGUUAGGGCUCAUGUACAAAGCAUUGAUCUAUACCCAUUCGGUUCUAAGCCGAUAUCGCCUUCUGAAGCCUUGGAAAAUGAUGAAACG